AUGGGCAAAAUUGAGUACUCGCCGCAAGACUCACCUCGCCUGCCAGAAUACGGCGAAGCCAUGGCCCAACACCGCUCCUGGUCGACUCGCUUCGUCGACAGCUUCAAACGCGAUCCAAACGCCCACGCAACACCGAAAGGCACCGUCGGCGCCGAUGGCCGAGUCUUCGAUGUUGAGGCUGCUGUUGCCGCGACUGCGACCUCACCCCUCCAGCGGCAUUUGAAGGGUCGCCAUCUCCAGAUGAUUGCAAUCGGUGGUUCGAUAGGGACUGGCCUAUUCGUCGGUUCGGGCUCUGCGCUUGCGCAUGGCGGUCCUGCGUCCCUCCUGAUCGCCUUCGUCCUCAUCGGCAUCAUGCUGUACAACACAGUGCAUGCUCUGGGAGAGAUGGCCGUUCUUUUUCCUGUUGCUGGAUCCUUCUCCGCCUACUCGACUCGGUUCAUCGAUCCUGCGUGGGGCUUUGCUAUGGGGUGGAACUACGCCAUGCAAUGGCUUGUCGUCCUCCCGCUGGAAAUCGUCGCUGCCACCAUCACCAUCGAGUACUGGAACACUUCGAUCAACCCUGACGCCUGGGUCUCCAUCUUCCUCGUCUUGAUCAUCGUCAUCAAUUUGUUCGGUGUCAAGGGCUAUGGCGAGGCCGAGUUCAUCUUCGCCAUCAUCAAAGUCAUCGCUGUGGUCGGCUACAUCAUCCUCGGCAUCAUCCUUACGUGCGGCGGCGGUCCAGACGGUGGAUACAUUGGAGGAAAGAAUUGGCACAAUCCCGGCGCAUUCAACAAUGGUUUCAAGGGUCUCUGCUCUGUCUUCGUCACUGCAGCCUUUGCCUUUGCCGGUACCGAACUGGUCGGUCUCGCCGCAGCGGAGACUGCAAACCCCAGGAAGUCGCUUCCCACCGCCGUCAAGCAGGUCUUCUGGAGAAUCACCAUCUUCUAUAUUGUCUCGCUGACGCUUGUGGGCCUCCUUGUUCCUUACACCGACGAGCGUCUCCUCAAUGCCACCUCCAGCGUUGACGCGAGGGCAUCGCCAUUUGUCAUCUCGAUCACCAACGCCGGAAUCAGCGGUCUCCCAUCUGUCUUCAAUGUAGUUAUCAUGAUUGCUGUACUCUCCGUCGGCAACUCGUCCAUCUACGGAAGCUCACGUACUCUGGCCGCGCUCGCAGACCAGAACCAGGCGCCAAAGAUUCUCGGCUACAUUGACCGCAAAGGUCGUCCGAUCGUCGCUAUUGGCAUUGCCUCCCUUCUUGGUUUCCUCGCUUUCUUUGCCGGAUCCGACAAGCAGACUGAUGCUUUCAACUGGAUGCUGGCGCUUUCUGGUCUCUCCUCAAUCUUCACCUGGGGCAGCAUCUGUCUCGCGCACAUCCGAUUCCGUGCCGCAUGGAAGAAGCAAGGCCACACUCUCGACGAGCUCGCUUUCCGCAGCGCGCCAGGUGUCUUCGGCUCUUGGGUCGGUUUCAUCUUCAACUGCCUCGUCCUCAUUGCUCAGUUUUGGGUCGGCGCAUGGCCCAUCGGAUACGGCGACGACGGUCCUGCCGGUCAGGCCAACGAUUUCUUCCAGGCAUACCUCGCGACACCGAUCGUCAUCCUCUUCUACAUCCCCUACAAAUUCUGGUUCAAAACCAAAGUCGCCCGCUCCUACAACAUGGACAUCGCCACCGGCAUCCGCGACCUGAACGUCGCGGAGCUCAUUGAAGAGGAGAAAGCCGAGCGCGCGAAUUGGCCCAAGUGGAAGCGAGUGUACAAGUACUUUUGCUGA